AUGAAAUUAUCUACCAUCUUCCUAUCACUUUUGAUUACAAGCAUCUUUUCGCGUCCCAGCCCAGCCGUGCAAAGGGAAUCCGCCGGCAUCACCGUCGGAGCCAGCGGAUCCACCAAUCUAGGCGGCGAGGCCGGGAUAACCAAGAAACCGGACGGAUCCACAAACGUCGGUGGUGAAAGUGGCAUAAAUGUCGCAGGAGGUGCAAAUAGCCAACCACAACAAGCCACAGGAGCGCAGACUGGAAGUGGUGGAAACAAAAAUGGAACGGAUGGUUUGGCUGCGCUAAUUGGUGCUCUUAAUGGUGCAUCUGGCAAAAAUAGCACGGGGAAAGCGAAACCUACUGGGACAAGGGGGAAUAAACCAAAGAGCACGGGUAAUGCGAAUGCGAAUGCGAAUGGGAAUGCGAAAUUGCCACCGGGUGUGGCUUCUGAUUCGAGCUUGGCAAGUAUCUUUGGAGCGUUGGAGGGAGCAAAGUAA